AUGGAUUUGGCCUCGAGAAAAGCAGAAGAAGCUUCAUUGAGACGAUACGAUGCGGCCGGCUGGUUGAGGAAGAUGGUGGGAGUGGUUACAGCAAGGGAUUUGCCUGAUCACCCAUCUGAAGAAGAUUUUCGACUUGGUCUCCGAAGUGGGAUUAUACUUUGCACUGCUCUUAACAAGAUUCACCCAGCCGCCAUUCCAAAAGUAGUUGAGGCGCCUUCGGGCAGUGUGAUUGUUCCGGAUGGUGCUGCUCUUUCGGCCUUUCAAUAUUUUGAAAAUGUUAGGAACUUUCUGGAUUCUGCAGAGGAAUUGGGGAUUCCAGUUUUUGAAGCUUCUGAUCUGGAACAGGGAGGGAAGAGUUCAAGAAUUGUAAACUGUGUGCUGGCCCUGAAGUCUUAUUAUGAAUGGAAGGAAGGGGGUGGGAAAGGAGUGUGGAAAUUCUGUGGAACUUGGAAGCCUCAUUCGGCAUCCAAGCAAUUUGUCAGGAAGAGCUCUGAUGAUCUGUUUGUGAAUUCCCUCUCGAGGAACUCAUCCGUUGUUGAGCAGAACAGCCAGGGCUUUAAUGAAAUGGGUACCUCUGAUGCCUUGCAUUUGUUUGUUCGUGAGCUUCUUUCUGAUAAUAAGCAAGAAGAUAUCCCUAUGGUCAUUGGGAGUAUGCUAAGCAAAGUUAUGGAAGAAUUUGAACAACGGUUAGCAAGACAAAAUGAACAGGCUGAAACAAGUUCAAGAUGUGUGGAUGUCCCAAGUUCCAACGAGCAUCAAGUUGUCGAGGUUGGUACAAGUGAGAGAGACAUAGAUGUUACAAGUUCCUGCCUGAGUUCUGAGACUUCAAACAUAAUGGAAGACGAGAGUCGGUCCAAGAAUGAUUUGCGCGAUGGAAAUCCCAAACCAUACGGUUCCAAGCGUCAAGACUUGAUUGAAUACCAUCAAAGAAGCAUACAGGAACUCAAAAUUACUCUUCACUCAACGAAGGAAGACCUACAUUUGCUACACAUGAAGUAUCAAGAGGAACUCCAAUAUCUAGGUAAACACUUGAAUGGUCUUGCUGGUGCCGCUUCUCGAUACCAGGAGGUUCUUGAGGAGAAUCGCAAACUUUACAAUCAAGUGCAGGACCUCAAGGGAAAUAUAAGGGUAUACUGCCGAAUACGACCAUUUUUGCCACGACAGCCAACAGGUUUGAGUACUGCAGAAGCUCUGGAUGGACAGACUAUCUCAAUAAUCAAUCCUGCAAAAAAGGGGAAGGGGAAGAAGAUGUUCACUUUCAACAAGGUUUUUGGUCCAUCUGCCAGCCAAGAAGAAGUAUUUUCAGAUACACAGCCACUGAUUCGUUCUGUGCUUGACGGGUAUAAUGUUUGCAUAUUUGCUUAUGGCCAAACUGGUUCAGGAAAAACAUAUACUAUGACUGGACCCCAGGAACUUACACCCGAAAGCUUAGGUGUAAAUUACCGAGCUCUGAGUGAUUUAUUUUUCAUCUCACAGCAGAGAAAAGACAGCAUGUCAUAUGAUGUCUUUGUCCAGAUGAUAGAAAUCUAUAAUGAACAAGUUAGAGACCUCCUCGUCUCUGAUGAAAUCCGCAACAGCUCCCAUAAUGGUAUCAAUGUACCAAAUGCAAAUAUUGUGCCUGUUUCAUCAACAUCUGAUGUCAUCAACCUGAUGAACAUUGGGCUUAAAAAUCGUGCAGUUGGUUCCACUUCAAUGAAUGAGCGAAGUAGUCGUUCUCACAGUUGCGUGACUGUUCAUGUUCAAGGAAGAAAUCUGACAUCUGGGUCGAUUACUUGUGGUAGUAUGCAUCUGGUCGACCUGGCAGGAAGCGAACGAGCUGAUAAAACAGAUGCAGUCGGCGAUAGGUUGAAGGAGUCUCAGCAUAUUAACCGCUCUCUAUCUGCUUUAGGCGACGUGAUAGCCUCUCUUGCCCAAAAUCAGUCGCACGUCCCUUACAGAAACAGUAAGCUCACGCAGCUGCUCCAAGAUUCACUAGGGGGUCAGGCAAAGACUCUAAUGUUCAUUCACAUCAGCCCGGAACCUGAUGCUCUUGCAGAGACAAUGAGCACGUUGAAGUUUGCUGAACGCGUGUCUACUGUUGAGCUUGGUGCUGCUCGAGCAAACAAAGAUAGUCCGGAUGUCAGAGAACUAAAAGAACAGAUAGCUAGUCUUAAAGCAGCCUUGUCACGGAAAGAGAGAGGAGAAGAUGGAGCCACAAAUGGAUAUUUUACAUAUUCUCCAGAGCCAUCUUGGCAAAGUAUAGGAGAUGUUGGUAAGGGAGAGGGACAGACUGAGUCCUUAGCAGUAUUGAGCAUGCAUAGCUUUGAUGGCGAGGACUUGAUGGCUUCUCCAAUCAGUUUGGUGUCAACGGAGGAGGACAGAAGUGUCUCUGGUGAUUGGGUCGAUAAGGUUAUGGUGAAGAGCCACUUAGGAGAUCAGUCACCAGAGAUGUGUAGACGUGAUACUUCCAAGGUAUAUCCAGAACAUUCAUUGAGCAAAAUUGCAGUCCUAAGACGAGACAACAGUUUGGGAAGGAAUCAAUUUGAGGGUGCAGCAGAAUUAGAAUACACGGAAGUAGAAGCUAGUGAUGAAUCAGAUUACCAGUGGCAAACAAAUGGUGCCAAGCAAAAUGGCGGGGGAGGAACAAAAGCCAAAACACCUACUCAAAAUCAAAGGCAUAUGAAAAGCCCUGAAAUAAGGAGCCUGAUUCCUCAACCACCAACGAGGAAAGUCGCGAAUGGAUCUAAUUCGCCAUCGAUGAAAAAUGGAAAGAAACCAGUUGUGGUUGACGGGAAACGAAAGCCAGCCUCCACCGUUCGGAAGUGAGAGCCUAAUGUAUCCAUCUUUGCAUUCAUCGAUUGGAAUGUGUUAACAAAUUGUCAUUUGUUCCUGUUUUCCAUUUUGCAGUGGUGAUUCUUGCUUUUAUAUGCAUAUAUGUUAGUAUUUACUUUUUCUAAUCCCAUGGAUGAGUGUUGGUGCUGUAACACAAGGUUUUUUUUAUUUACAUAUAUAUUCACUCUUUUGUAAUUGUAAAUCUUUCACUGUACAAGAAGAGAGGAUCAUAUUG